CAACACUGCACUGAUUAUUGGGGGAUUUCCAAGAGAAAAGCGUCAGUUCCGCAAUGACCUGCAGGCGUCAGUAAUGAGACGCGUCACUAAAAGAUCCGAACAGCACAGAAGAAACGAGUCGCUCUGAUGGAGAAUGUAGAUCACAUAAUAAAAUGCUGAAAUUCAUCGAUUUGUUGCUGAAGGUUUGGGAUUUCUAAAGCGGUUUCUCAUCUGCAGGCGUCUGUUAAGCUGAAUCAGCGCGAGGCGCGUCGAAGCCUGUGAAAAUGUCUGUUGUUUUUGUUCCCAAACGGCAGCGCGGAAAAGCGCAAAUCAACCAGGAGACAAUUCAAAGACUGCUGAAUGAGAACGAUCAGCUGGUGAGAUGCAUCACUGAGUAUCUGCAGAAGGGCCGAGCCACCGAGUGUGUCCAAUACCAGCAGAUUUUACACCGGAACAUUGUGUAUUUGGGAACCAUAGCUGAUGCCGGCACAGAGAUCCUGCCGGAGGAGACGCAGAAUCCAACUGCUGCAAACGACUCAGUCAGUUAGAUUUUCUGUUUACAGGAAUAUUGCAAACGCAUAAUAAAUAAUCCCUAUGAAAAUAAAAUCACAUUGGCCGAAAGAUGCUCCUGAUGUCCCUGCUGGGGAACACCGUUUUUAUGUACAUACUUUCAUAAUGUUUAUAUUUGAAUAAUUUGUAUAAUAAAUAUAUGAAACGGUCAA